AUGGGGUCGACUAGUCUCGCCGAGGAGCUCUGCUUCAGCGAACUCACCUCGCAGCGCCGCUGCGUCUCCGAGGCGACGCCGCCGCACAGGAUUGUGCACGUCAACGCAGCGUGGUGCGAGUGCACCGGGUACACGCGGGAGGAGGCCCUCCAGCAGACGCCAAUGGCGCUGCGUGAGGCCAUUGCGGCGGCGCGUCCCAUCGUGAUCCGCAUCCUCAACUACCGAAAGGACGGAUCCAAGUUUGUCAGCGACCUCUCUGUUGUGCCGAUCCAUGACCGCACCGCCGGCGCAGCGACGCACCUGCUGUGGUUCCUCGCCGAUGCGCAGCAGUCGCGGGUGGCGCUGCCGGCCACGACCGCGUCGCACUUCGCGCUGCCCGCCAUCAACGCCAAUGUCGGCUGGCCGCCCGGCUUGCUUUCGCAGCUCGCGUCUGUCGACGGCGGAUCAUCCACACCAACGCCGCUUGGCGGCGCGUGA